AUGGAAAAUGAUGAAAUCCCAGAUGCUCAUAUCACCGCGUCUUCACAGCUGGAUGACAACAAUAGGGCAGCACUGGCAAGAUUACAGUUAAAGGAAGAUGGCCUCAUGCAAGGAGGAUGGUCUGCUCUUUACAAUGACUUUGGCCAAUGGAUUCAGGUGGAUCUUGGUGGCUCCACCAGAGUCACUAGGGUGGCGACGCAAGGAAAGAAUGCACGUGAGGCGUGGGUGGUCAAGUACCGACUGCAGUACAGUGAAGACCUUGGAAUAACCUUCACUUUUGUCAAGAAGUCAGUCAACAGUUCACCAAAAGUAUGUUUGUUUGAUUAAAUGGUGCGUUUCUUCUACUUGCUCUGAAAUCGUGAAAAAGCAUUGCAACCGCGGAGAAUACUCCGUCCGGGAGUGACGCUGGGGCGAAAGAGUCAUAUGUUGAAAAAUCUUCAAGUAAUUUAACCCUUUACGCCCUAAGAUUGAUCAGCAUCAAAUUUCUUCUUGUAAUAUCAAUGCUUUGUAAAACACAGUGAUCAUGAGAAUUACGGACAUGAUCACACAAGAAGAAUUUGCUUGAUAUUUUAUCAAUUAUACAUUAAAAUGUCUGCUAAACAGGAAUAAAGCAACUGUUCUCUUUCAUCUUUGUUCUAAAGGUAUUUUACGCAAAUCACGACAGCGAUACCGUGGUGUAUAACGUGUUAGUCCCACCAAUCACAGCACGUCUAAUCCGUAUCUUACCAGUGGAGUGGCACAAUCAGANUGUAAUAUCAAUGCUUUGUAAAACACAGUGAUCAUGAGAAUUACGGACAUGAUCACACAAGAAGAAUUUGCUUGAUAUUUUAUCAAUUAUACAUUAAAAUGUCUGCUAAACAGGA